UAGUACGCUGGCAAAUGCCUGUGGUAACUGGGGUCGUUCGUCUUGUUCUCUGCGCAAAAACGAGGAGCAGAGGCCGCGUCUUACAAACUAGGCAGAGCUCCGCACUUGGAAACGCUAUCUCUUUGCCGCCAACUGUGACUUCUCAACGUUCAAGUUUUGCUUUCCGUUAUUGACUCACCCUCUCCGACGAUGAGUUUUGGCGCCACUUUCCUCCCGCCAUUUCCUGUUCCCCACAAGCAUUUUUCCCUUCCAAUUAAGGGAAACAAAACAGAGAUACUAAUUUCAAGUUAUGAAGAUCGUUUUCUGGUUAUUGCUACUCAAAUAGGAACCAUGGGGACAAUACUGCAUGCUAGGUUAGGAACAAGGAUGUCGAUUAAUCCAACAUUCAACGUGUCGGUCAUUUUUGGCAAACGGGAUGAGCAAAUGCUAGAGGCGUGUGCGCGUCAGCUAAUUGAACACAUGAGUUCCUCUGGCUCCUCUAAGCCAUUAGUGCUCUCUCUUGGUCUUAAAGACCAUUCUACGGAAACGCUGAAGGCUAUUGUUUCUGCUGUGAUUGACAAUCGCCUCUGGUAAUUAGUUGCUGCUCCACUGUCAAAUUUCGCCAUCUGGUCUCCCUUCCAGCCAACGGGCCUGACCUUCGAUAUUUAAAUACGCCUACCAGACUGUUUCGAUACAAGUAUACAAAAUACGUUUAUAAUUUACCUGGCCACUCUUCGAUUUUCAGUUGUUGCUUGUAAUUACUGAGCGAACAUUUUCUGUUUUGAUUUCUAAAUUUUGCUAAUCUCGCUUGGAGUUAACAUAGAGGAAUACUAUUCCUUUCUAAAUCAUCAUAAAUGAAAAAAGGAACAUUACUCCGAAA